CAGGAUCAGAAGAAGAUGAUCAGGUGCUUGCUUUUUAUUUCCUUGUUGAUCCAUUCAACUUCAGGGAAACAUUCUGCAGAGGCUCCAUCACAGAAAUGGCUGACUUUGAAUGGUGAAAGGCCCCUUGUAAUAGCGCGAGGUGGCUUCUCAGGACUGUUUCCAGAGUCCAGCUCUUCUGCGAAUCAAUUGGCAGUGUCUGCAAGUUUGCCGGAUACGGUUCUGUUCUGCAAUCUAAAACUGACAAAAGAUGGAGUUGGUAUAUGCCUCACGGAUAUUAGGCUUGAUAAUUCAACCAAUAUAGCAAGUACAUUCCCAAAAGGUAAAAAGACAUACGAUGUGAAUGGAAACAAAGUGCAUGGGUGGUUUGCUUCGGAUUAUACAAUCGACCAGCUAUUCAACAAUGUAUCAUUGACCCAGGGUAUACUAUCUCGAUCAAGUUUCUUUGAUUUACAAUAUCCUAUAUCCACUGUUGAAGAUGUAACAGGAAUUAAACCAGCCCAGUUUUGGUUGAAUGUUCAGUAUGAUUUAUUCUAUAACCAAUUCAAACUCAGCCCGGCAUCGUAUGUUCAAAAGGCAAUGAGAUCUAUGCGUAUCAAUUACCUUUCUUCUGCUGAGAUUGGUUUCUUGAAGAACAUGAAUGGAAAAGUGAACACAGCCAGGACAAAGCUCGUCUUCCAGGCCCUCGGCGCAGAUGAGAUUGAACCUACAACCAAUAAAACGUACAGUAAACUGUUGCAGGAUCUUGCCUCAAUCAAGUCAUUUGCAACCGGAAUACUUGUCCCCAAAGAAUACAUAUGGCCAGUACAGCCAGACAUGUAUUUGGGAGCUCCUACUACGCUUGUAUCUGAUGCUCACAAACAAGGACUAGAAGUAUAUGCUUCUGGUUUUGCCAAUGAUUUUUUUGCAAGCUACAACUAUAGCUAUGAUCCUACAUCUGAGUACCUUCAGUUUGUUGAUAAUUCUAAGUUUUCUGUUGAUGGGGUGCUUACAGAUUUCUCUCCUACAGCAUCAGAAGCCAUUGCAUGCUUUGCAAAUAACAAAAAUGUUAGCAAGCCCAUCAAAGGAAAAGUUUUGAUCAUCACCAAAAACGGAGCAAGUGGGAUUUAUCCUGGCUGCACUGAUCUUGCUUAUCAGCAAGCGAUGGACGAUGGGGCGGACAUAAUAGACUGCCCGGUUCAAAUGUCAAAAGAUGGAGUUGCCUUCUGCUUGGACUCAGCGGACCUCAUGGGAGAUACCACUGCGAUGACUACUUUCAUGUCAAGGUCUAACACUGUCCCAGAAAUUCAACCAGAGUCUGGAAUCUUUUCGUUCGACCUCACAUGGAGCGAGAUUCAAACCUUGAAGCCUCAAAUGGCGAAUGUUUUACCAGACUUCCACAGAAACCCAGCAUACAAGAAUGCUGGUAAAUUUACGACCCUCACUGAAUUUCUUGACUUGGCUAAAACAAACGCAGUAUCUGGAGUUUUGAUCGACAUUCAGAAUGCUGCGUAUUUAGCAUCAAAGAAGGGGCUUGACAUUGUUGGUGCAGUUACCUCUGCCUUGAGCAAUGCCACCUUCGAUAAGCAAUCCACUCAACAAGUCUUGAUCCAAUCUGAUGACACUUCCGUGCUGUCCAAGUUUGUGAAUGUCCCAACUUACAAAAGAGUGUUGUUGGUUGAAGACAAAAUUAGUGACGCUCCCGAACAGCCCGUUAAGGAAAUCAAGAAGUUUGCUGAUGCAGUUGCCAUAACAAGAGCAGCCAUCACUGAGGUUUCUAAUUCCUUCACCGUGCGUUCGACAAAUGUCGUUGCAGAGUUUCAGAAGGCAAAUGUCUCUGUCUAUGUCUAUGUUCUCAGGAAUGAAUACAUCACACUCGCAUUUGACUAUUAUUCAGACCCCAUUGUGGAGAUUGCUUCUUUUGAUGCAGCCGGAGUUGAUGGGAUCAUAACUGAGUACCCGGGAACUGCCAGUAAAUAUAUGAGAAGCCCAUGUGCCAAUAGCGAUAAACCCGAAUACAACAUCCUCCCAGCUGAAUCCGGUUCUCUGAUUUCUUUGGUUCCUGUAGCAGUGCUGCCACCGGCAGCUGCCCCUCUUCCGCCCCUCAAGAUCGGAGACAUUGUCGACCCGCCACUUCCUCCGGUGGUCAACACCACUACUACUGCUGUUCCUCCUAAUGCACCUGCCGUAGCCGAAGCACCCCGUUCAAGUGCAUUGGCAAAUGUUGCAAACAUGGGUCUUUCUCUAGUUGCAAUCAUGGUGCUCAGCUUCUUGUUCUCCAUGGAAUACUAAGAUGAUGGAUCAAUUAUAGUUCGUGCCACAAGAGAUUGAUUUGAGUGGCAUAUUUCUAUUAUCAAGUUUUGAUCCACAAUUUCUUGG